UGAAAGGUCUCUGAGACUGUCGUCCAUUUUUCUGUGGCAUAGGUAAGAAACCGUUUUAAGUCUAGAUACAGUACUUCCUUGCUGUCAGACUGACUUCAGCAAGCUGUGAGAUAUGGACAUUUGUCACCCUUGUUCACGACAGCAAGUCGAGAGCAACAUUGGCAUAUCCGUUGCGAGCAGAUGACAAUCUCUGAUUCACCGUGGGCCAAAAACUGACAGCAUGUCAUCACCAGACACGAAGAAGGAGCAUCUGAACUUUGAGAAUCGGCAAAUGAAGGUCUGUGUGGCGACAUGUAACCGAGCCGACUACUCCAAGCUCGCGCCGAUCAUGUUCUGCCUGCGAGAUGACCCGCUGAUGGAGCUGCGCGUGGUGGUGAUGGGCACUCAUCUCAUCGACGAUUAUGGCUCAACCUACCGCAUGAUUCAGCAGGAUGGGUUUGAGGUGGACGGAUACCUGCACACCAUUGUCAGGGGCGAGGAUGAGGCGGCCAUGGCAGAGUCUGUCGGACUAGCACUCGUCAAGCUACCAGACGUGCUGGUGAGACUAAAACCCGACCUCCUGAUCGUUCACGGUGAUCGUUUCGACGCCUUGUCGUUGGCAACGUGCGCGGCACUCAUGAAUAUACGAAUCCUUCACAUCGAGGGCGGUGAGGUAAGCGGGACCAUCGAUGACUCCAUCCGCCACUCCAUCAGCAAACUAGCGCACUACCACGCUUGCUGCACCGACCGCGCGCGCCGCCGCCUCCUCUCCAUGUGCGAGGACAACGACCGCAUCCUGCUGUCCGGCUGUCCGACCUACGACAAACUCUUGUCCUGCAACGUGAGGAACCACGACAACGUGCUGGCCAGGUGGGCACAGGGAGCCAAACCGAAGGACUACAUCGUCGCCUUGCAACACCCUGUAACGACGAACAUCAAAGAUUCCCUGAAAAUGUUCGAGUUAAUGCUAGAUGCAGUGCUGGACUUUGGGGUCGUAACGGUGGUGUUAUUCCCCAAUAUUGAUGCAGGGAGCAAGGAGAUGACGCGUACGAUCCGUCAACGAGGCCUUGAACACAAUAAGAACUUCAGUCUUUGCAAGCAUAUUCCGUACGACCAGUUCAUCAUCCUUAUGGCCAACGCGGGCUGUCUGAUCGGGAACAGCAGCGCGGGGAUUCGGGAGGCUGGAGCCUUCGGUACUCCCGUCAUCAAUCUGGGCAAGAGGCAGAUCGGCAGGGAGGCAGGUGCAAAUGUAUUACAUGUGAAGGAUGCAGACACCAAGAGCAAGAUCUUACACGCGAUCAACCUACAGUACAAGAAGCAGUUUCCACGCUCACACAUCUAUGGAGAUGGCCAUGCUUGUCAGCGCAUCAUGAAGUUCAUCCAUACGAUCAAGAACGACUUGGACAAGCCCAUCCAGAAGGCCUUCAUCUUCCCUCCCAUGAGAGACACUGUGUCCCUGGACAUCGACCACAUCCUGGAGAUCCAGAGCGCCCUGGCCGUGGACCUAGGAGGCACCAACCUCAGGGUCGCCAUUGUCGGUCAACAGGGUGAGAUCCUCCACAAGAUGACGGAGCCAACACCGGGCACGAAUGAGGAGCGUAUGGACGUAUUGAUGCGAUUGCUGGUGGAAUCUACAUCAAAAGCAGUGGAACUUAAUUGUCGAAUACUUGGCAUAGGUAUCAGUACUGGUGGAAGAGUCAAUCCUUAUGAUGGGGUGGUGCUGCACUCCACCGAGAUCCUGGAGGGAUGGAACUCCAUCGACCUGCGCACCCCCAUCUCCAGCAAGUUGCACCUUCCAGUGUGGGUGGACAAUGAUGGAAACUGUGCUGCACUGGGAGAGAAGAAGUUUGGAAAGGGGCUAGGAUCGGAGGACUUUAUUACUUUGAUUGUCGGCACUGGAAUUGGAGGAGGGAUUUUCCUGAACAAUGAGCUGGUCCACGGUGCUAACUUCUGUGCAGCAGAGUUGGGACACAUCAGUGUGUGCAUGGACGGCCCAGAUUGCACGUGUGGGAGCUCCGGCUGCGUGGAGAGUUACGCCUCCGGGCUGGCUCUUCAGAGGGAAGCCAAAAAACUGCAUGACGCUGAUGAGCUGCUUGUUCCUGGUGUGCACCUGACAGAUGGUGAGGAGUUGACAGCCAAACAUCUCAUCCAGGCUGCACAACUCGGCAACAAGAAGGCAGAGAAGGUUGUGGAAAGAGCAUGCGAGGCCCUGGGUUCAGCUAUCUGUACACUGCUGCACACAGUAAACCCCUCCCACAUCAUCCUGUGUGGACACCUGGCGCCACACUAUGUGGACGGGGUCCGUGAGGUCAUACAGCGGAGGGCUCUUCCGUCUGCUGCCAACAACAUACAGGUCAUGGUGUCAGACCUGGAAGAACCAGCCUUGCUUGGAGCAGCCAGUAUUGUGCUAGAGUUUGCCACCAGAAGGAUAUAUUAGCAUUAUGUCUUCCUUUUGUGUCUCUCUUUAGUAUUCUCCAAGCAGAGAUUGGGUCGCAGAGAUAGGAUUUUUACAGGAUCACUUGAGGAUUAUAAAAUUCCUCACGACUAUCACCGCAACCCAACCUCUGCUUGGAGAAUAUCUCUUUUGCAAGUGGAUUAUACAUGUCAUACGUUGAAUUCUCCUUUCAACGUGUGGGAUACUAGUAAUGACUUUAAUGAUUUCUUUGUAAGAGCAAUGGGUAUCUCUGAUGUGGUCCCUACUUUUAGAUUCAAAUAUAUAUUUAAUCUUAUCAUUCGUUAAAACGUAAAAGUUACGAUCAUCAAUGUAUUUGUGUUGAUUUAUCCUUAAGCUCAGCUAAAGCUUAGAUUCACUUUGUACAAUCACAAAAUUGUUAGGAAAACAUAGGAUUUAAACAUGGAAAAUUGAAAUGAGACGUUAAAAUGAACUGCUGAUCCUUAGAAGUUAUCUAUCUUCUGUGUCAAGUGACUUUUGAAAUACAUCUAGUUUGCUGCUUAUUAAUGAGUAUACAGAUAUCUAAUCAUUUAUCCGGUAGACUUCAUAUCUUAAUAACUAAGUUCAGAUCUUGACAAAAAAAGAUUUAAAACAAUGCAAUUGUUUCAAUUUUUGAUUAUUCCAUGGCAAUUUGAACCUUUCAACAGAAAAUUGAACCGUAGUGUUUUUGUUGUUUUAUCUGGUGUGUUUUUGUAUGUUUAGGACCUUACUUGAAAAAGUUGUAAAGAUGUUUUUAAUUUGUGACAAAUGCCAGUUUCUGGAUUUAAUAUACCAAUUAUAGUUAACAUACUUUCUAUAGUUAACUUUAAUCGGUGAAAUGUGUACUAUCGAAAUAUUAUAUUUGACAACCAUUAAGGCUUACUGUAGCUUUAUUGGUGGCUUUUAUUAUGUUUAAAGCUUUUAUUCCAUUUACAAUAUGGUUUAGAAACUGCCAAAAGUAUUUUAAGUGUUGUCCUUAGUUGCAUGUGUUGCCCUUUGUUGCAUGUGUAUAGCUUUCAACAGUUGUGCAAUAUCAUAGAGAAUUUUACAGUGCAAGAGAAUCUCUACUAUAAUUAAAGAAGCAAAAAAAGAAGCAAAUGUGUAUUUUUUCGUGUAUGUGUUUAAAAGGAUGUCAGUCUCAGUGGUGUUUCAUUCACAGACAGGAACACCUAUCCUCCAUUGCAGCCUUCCAGCGUGUCUCAGAGGUGGCGGCAGCAAAUUUCGUAUGGGGGGGGGGGGGGUGGGGCGAACUUUUUCUGACCCAACUUUCAGCACCUGUCGAACUUUCAGCACCAGCUACCCUUUUUUGUCAAAUAAAGAGAUGUUUGAGGGCGAUGACCCACGCCUCCUCAAAUUAUCAUGUCGUUUUGAUGAGCGCCGCGGGAGGCGCAAGCCAUCGCUUGGGAGGACCAGAGAAAAGUUUGAAAUCUUGACCGACUUGACUGUCUGAAACGUCAUUUCCUGCAUUUUUGGGCGACAUUCUGCUCGUAAACUAAGCUAAGUACAAUCAUUAGUAAAUUUUGUAUUAGUUUAAAAGGUUUUUGAGAGUGACGCUCCCACAACCUAUUGUCCCGCGCCAAAAACUGUAGCCAUCACAAGGGAGGUCUGGCAAAAUUUUUACAUCGGGAGUGUCUGAAACGCCAUUUGUUGCAUUUUCAGGGGUAAAUUUUUCCGAUAGACUAAAUUGAUUGAAUGAAAUUUCCAUCAUCAAAAAAAUACAAAAGGUUUCAGUUUUUUUUGGGGGGGGCCAUGCCCCCCAACAUAUUUUGCCCCCCCCUGUGCCGCCGCCACUGUGGCUGACUUUUAUUUGGGAGGGAGAUUUAUUCACGAUAUUAAACGUUGGCUAGCUUCUCUUAUGCCAGGAAAGUUUGCCGAGGAAGGGAGCUGGCCUUGGAAAGCCCCAACUACUAGUAACUACUUUCCACUGCAAACUAUCUUACUCUGCAAACUUCCUUUGAGAACCAAAAAUCAAGCCAACGUUGAAAAUCACGAACCAGCACUAAACCCCCCCCAUGAAAAUGAGCCCCGCUGGAAGGCUGCAACGGAGGCUAGAAACACCAUUGUUCUCCUGCUGUCAGAUUGGUAGCAAUACCCUGGUUCCUUAUCUAAUAAGAGGUAAACCUUUGAUCCAGACUACCUUCAAUUAAACGU